CCAGUCUCCUGCUACUGCGUAUCUAUACUACGAGUUUGCAUUUUCAUUCGGCGUAGUAUUUACACGCCAAAGUCACAUUUGGCGUAUAUAUGGUACGCAAAACCCUCCCGUUAAACUUCCAUUGAUAGAAAAUGCGUAUGUAUUGCACGCAGAAAUUUAUUAUAGUCAACGUCAUCAUCAUCGUCCCGCCCCUUCAAUCGAACGAAGAUUCACGAUUUCAUCUCGUGCAGGUGCCGAAGCAGCAUAUGCAGAAAUAUUGAUUUAGAAUGCUUAUUUAGAAUAUAUAUAUAUUUUUUUACAGAAACUUAUUGUAGGCUAUAUAACUUACUCAUCAUCUCUAGUGGGGACGAAUGUUGCUACUACAUAAUACAGUUUAAUUCUAAACAAUCCCCGACGGGGAAAGAAAAAUGCUUGCAGAAGCAUCAUUAAUUCAAUGUGAAUUAAUUAUAUGUCUGCUUUAUUUAAUCUGCUCUCUGCUUUUCUUUCUUUUUUUCUUUUUUUGCUUGUUUAAUGUUACACGAAUUUUUGUUUCUUUGUUUGUGAUUGUAUUUGUAAUAGUAAAAGUAUUAAUAAUAAAUAAAUAAAUAAAUAAAUAAAUAAAUAUAAAAAGUGUAUUGCCAUGAUUUUUAGUCCUUCGCUGUUUCAGGAACCACCCACUCCCGCUUGGAAACCAAUCAAAUGUUUGAACAUUUUUUAGCGCCAUCAUCAAUGUCCCGCCUCCUCAUCGUGCGACCUCGUGCAUCAUCAUCAAAGUCGUCAAUCAUCAGAAUACCCAAUCCAAAUGCCAGGUUCAACUUUACGCCAGUGUCCACAUUGCCGGAUCAAGAUGAACUGCCGACACCGGUCCUGUGUUAAGUGUGGAAAAUUGCUUGAUUUUAAAUAUAAGCAAUCAGUGCGUUUGGCAAAAUUUCGUGACCAGGCCCAUCAGUGGGCUAAAACAACAGUUAAGUCACGGAAUCAAUCAAAAGUCUUUGACAAUUUAGCCAUCAUGAUGGAAAAACUUAAAGUGCUGGGAUACGUUCCUCUUCUGCUACUGGGGAAGUGUUCAAAGGCCCAUAGGUGGACAGCGGAGGUCCAGUGUCCCUUUGAGUUCCCACCUGAGGGACAUAAGGUGAUGGAAAAAAUGCUCAUACUCUUUGAGCAUAUUUUACAAGGUUUUGGUCCAGAAAAAGAACAAGAGGUCACAGAAGGUAAUGAAGCAGAAAGGCAGGACUUGAAAGAGACUGUAGAAGAUGAAGAGGACAUUACACUGGAGAACAAUGUAGAAGUGGAAAGACUGGAGGAUGAAGAGCAGAUCGAAGAACAACAGAUAGAAAGUGGGGAGGAAGAACCAGAGAGGCCUGUUGAGGAACAGAGUUUCAAAAGUCCAGAAAAAGAACAAGAGGACACAGAGGGUGAUAGGACAGAGAGUCAGGACAUAAACGAGGCUGUAGAAGAUGAAGAGAACAUUUUAUCAGAGAACAAUGUAGAAUUGAGGAUGAAGGAAAGAUUGGAGGAUGAAGAGCAGAUCGAAGAACAACAGACAGAAAGUGGGGGGGAAGAACCAGAUAGGCCUGUUAAUGAAGAAGGGGAAAUGAAAGUGACAAAAAAGACUAAACAGGCAAAGGAAAUGAAGAAACAGGCAGAGAAACAAAAGAUUAGUGCACUUAAGAUGGAUGAAAUGGAUGAAAGAAAAGAGAUAGAGGGAGUCGUAUUAAAACCAGAUGGGUGAGUGGAAGAAGAUGGGGUGAAACAAAGACUCUAGAUAUAGGAAAACAUUACAUUCCUAUUAUUCAUUAAUGGGAGAAAGUGUUAUGCACAACAUGGCAAAUUAAUCCCACGUUCUAAAUAAUAGAACCAAUCGUUGAUUAGAAAAAGUCACCACUUCAUCCCAGCUGCCUUUAGAAGCUCCGGUUGCUAUCAGAAUUGAGAUACGCGUGUAUGACUGCACAUGCGCAUUGGCUACUGCAGUCUGAAAAGUUUUUUAAAAAUGCUUUAUGAACAUUUUAUUGGUGAUUUUCAAAUUGGAAAUUUAAUCAUAAUCAUUUGGAGAAUUUGAUUUUUCCCCAUUCAGAGAGAUAGGAGCUGCAUUUGGAUGCCCAAGAGGCAUUUCAAAGAUGAUCACAGUGUGAAAUUACUUGUCUUAAAGGGACCUUUGGGUAAAGCCUAUACAAUGAGCAAGGAACAAUGUGAACUCAGGCUCAAUGAAAACUGUUCUUUGACAUGUACUUGAACAAAGCUAAAACUUUUUUUUUUUUUACUUUACAGCAAAUCAGCUGUCAACAUGGCAGCGAAAAGAAAGCGCCAAAAAAAUACAGACACAGAAUGUCCAUUCCAUGCGUCUCUGGAUGUAUUUCCAGUGGAAUUUGUAUCUAAGACACGUCUCAGAAAGGGACGUAAGGAAGUGCUGGUGCAUUGGUUGCCAUGUCCAUCCUGUAGGAAGACAUGGCCACCCACCUGGCAGCCUGAAGAUCAUGUCCAAAUUACACUUACUCAAUGCUAAUUACAUUACUGGUACAUUAUGACCGUUUUUUUGUUUGUUUGUUUUUGAGCCACUGUUAUAGUGGACAAAUAAAGGUUUGUGUUUUCA